AUGAUCGUGAAUCUGGGCGAUCAAUUGUUUAUGCAACUUCAAUUACGUGGUACUAUUUGGACACAAACUAUAACGAAUCUUCGUACUAAUUGGGCAGUGAAUUUUAGUAUUGAUCUACUUGGACAAUCACAAAAUUAUUUAUACUUCAGAAUUGAGCAAUAUGGUUCUACAUUCGUGGAUGAUGCGGUGUAUCUGAAUUCGAAAUGGAAAUUUGCUCGACCCAGUAAUCAAGGAUGUACAUUAGCCUUUCGAGGGAUAAAAGAUUUUGUAUCUACACCACAACUGUCGGCUGACGGACUGUCAUGUUCUGUAGUGAAAAUAAUACAACGUGCAAAAGAAAAUCCACGACCAGGUUUUUAG